CCGGGCGGAGGAGCGGAGGAACGGGAGGACGCUCCUCAUCGUGCGGCCGCGCUGCUGGGAGCGCCCCGGGCCGCGGAGCAGCGCGCAGAGAGGCUCUGCAUUGACGUCACAAUGACACGGUGAAGCUGAAGGCAGGAGCUGGGAACAGUUCUUCUGCUUCACUUGUGAUAGCUGAGUGGGUUUUCCUCCACUGCCUUCCUUCCAGCAUGGCCAAGAGUGCAGAAGUGAAGCUGGCCAUCUUCGGUCGAGCUGGCGUGGGCAAGUCAGCCCUGGUGGUGCGGUUCCUGACCAAGCGGUUCAUCUGGGAGUACGACCCAACGCUGGAGUCGACAUACCGUCACCAAGCUACCAUUGAUGAUGAAGUGGUUUCCAUGGAGAUACUAGACACAGCUGGCCAGGAGGAUGCCAUUCAGAAGGAAGGACACGUGCGAUGGGGUGAGGGCUUCGUGCUGGUUUACGACAUCACAGACAGAGGCAGCUUCGAGGAGAUGCUGCCGCUUAAGAACUUGCUGGAUGAAGUUAAAAAGCCCAAAAACGUCACCCUGAUCCUGGUGGGGAACAAAGCAGACUUGGAUCACUCCAGGCAAGUCAGCACAGAGGAAGGCGAAAAGCUGGCCACGGAACUCGCGUGCGCUUUUUACGAGUGCUCCGCUUGCACGGGCGAGGGCAACAUCAUGGAGGCGUUCUACGAGCUCUGCCGGGAGGUGCGGCGCCGCAAGAUGGUCCAGGGCAAGACUCGGAGGCGAAGCUCCACCACCCACGUCAAGCAGGCCAUUAAUAAGAUGCUCACCAAAAUCAGCAGCUAAGGAGGAGCUGCCCUGAGCCAGAGAAGAGUUUUGGGGAGCAUUAGCUUGGAGUAGGGAUGGGGCAAGCAGAGCGCGUUUGAUGAGAAAAGGUCAAAUCUCCGCAACGGAAAAGAAAAACCAAAAAGACAAACGCCGCCACUUUUUUGAGUAACACUGUUUUCCUGGUUUGACAUGUAUUUAGCCACGCUGCUUCCGACUAAUGUGGGAAAAAAACACAACACCAAACACCAAAUGAACUCCAAAGGACCAGACAGUUGUGGGGAUUGGCAACCAAGAGAGAACCUUCUGCUUCUGCGUGGCUAGCUCCAAUCCCCUGCAAGUCAGUAGUGCCUAAACGUCAUUUCCAGCCAGACAGCUGCUCAGCAGCCACUGGAGAGUAAGAUUCAGCCCUCAGCCCAUCAACAGCCCUCACAGCUGGUGUUCUCCAGGACUGAGGAUGUGUAGAGGCUGCUGUGUUGAAUCAGAAAGUUCACCUGACACCUUCACCAGCUCUAAGUUGGCUCAUUGCGUGCUUUCACUCCUUCCUCGUUAUUUUUGUCAAAUCCAUGAGUGUUGAUGUUCUUAGCAAGGUAUGCAAAAAAUACAGGAAAGGUCUGUUUCCUGGGGUGUUUAGCCAGCUAGACACACAUUUCAAGGGAGCUGAAGUUCAGUUGUUCUCCCAGCUCCUCUGAAACUGCAGAAUUCUCAAGACAUAAUAAUCUAGUCCAGCUGCCCAGCUGCAUUUCAACAUUUCCCCCUCAAAGCAAAGUACUGUGCUUGGGGAAAUGGGAGUAUAUGUGUUGGGAAAUAAAACUGAAAAAGAAUUUUAAAAGAACCAUAUUACUAUUGAUUUAGCUAUGGGUAGUUUUUAGCUGCCUUUUAUUUUUUAUUUUUCUUUUUUUUUUUUCCUUAAUUCAAGUAGUUCCUCUUAAUCUAUUCUACACCAAAGAACUGAAUCCUUGGGAAGGCAAGUAUUUAAAGUCUAAGCCCAAAUGCAAAUCAGAUCUGAAUGGCCUCUACCAUAUCCAAAAAGCUGUAAUUUUCAGCUGUUUGAACUUCCAGAUGCUGCUUGGAGCACUCUGGGGCUUAAAGCAGUGCAGGUUUCUUGUGACUUUUAUCUGGCACAUUGAAGCAGAAAUGCAUGUUAUCAGAUUUUGGUGCUGGGGAUAAAAGGUGUUUAACUUUUCCCUUCUUCCUCAUCAUCUCAUUUAAGCCAGCUGCCAAGUUUUGCCUCCUGUCUAGUUGGUUUGUUAACUGCUGAAAGAUGCAAGAACCAAGACCGGGAGAUUUUCAUUCAGACUGUGCUGGUCUCUCACCAAUGGUGUAACAUCCCUUGAGGCAGCUCAGACUGUCAACAUUUGGAACCACAGCCAAGGGCUGGGACGACAAAUCAGCAGUGGAACAGCCCCCUUGUAGCAUUUACUUACAACUUUAUUCUCCACUUCAUGUGGUUAUUUGGGAAGUAACUCCAAAAGGCUGUGAAAUGCAAAUUGCCACGGAUGUGGGAAAGUGAGUAAAUCUAACUGGCUAGCACUUUGUAGAGUUAUAGGCAGCCAUACAGGUGGUGGAACAGGCUGAAGAGGCAGAUCUGUAUAUCCCUGUGAACAGAGAGAAGUUCCAAAUUAGGGCUUCUAUUAAAAGUAUUCACUUAAAGAUGUUUCACCAAAGUAAUUUUUUUUUUUUUUAAACUUUCACUUUUACCCAACCAGCAAAGAACAUCACAUUCAGAUGUAUAUUUUACUUGGGCUGUUGUUUGUUUUCUCCGCUUCUGUGUUCUAGGUGUAAAAACUCAUUUCAUGGUCCUGGAAUCAAUGUUUAUAUUUUGGUCCUUGUGCUCACGUGUGUUGCUGUACAUCAGCUGGACACACUGCAAUGGAAAAUUCACCAUGUGCUUCUGGGCAGGGGGUUCUUGCAGCAGGCCUCUGUGACACACUUGUUCCCAAAAUACUCAUUGUUAACUUUCAUAAAAAAGAAAAAGAAUA